AUGGAACAUAUCCCGUCGUUGCCCGCGUCGCACAAGGGAAACACGGAGCUGCUGGUAUGGGUGGACCUAUUCACGGGUUUUGUCAUAGCGAAAGCGAGCGCGUCGCGGACUGCGCAGACCGUCGCCGAGUCGUACGAAGAGGCCGUGUUUCGACGUUUCGGUGCUAGUGAGGCCAUUCGUCACGAUCAAGGUUUCAUGUCAGACUUCUUCCGAGUUAUUAACAGGCUCAUGGGACAGAGGCAACGCGCGACCUUGGCGUACCGGCCACAAGCAAAUGGGGCUGCCGAGCGUAUGGUUCAGACCAUCACGCGUGCUAUCAAGAUGUACAUCGCGGACGUCGAACAACGCGACUGGGAUGAGUACGCAGAGAGGCUCACCUACGCCCUGAACACGGCCCACGACAGGACUCGGGACGAGACACCGUUCUUUUUGGUCCACGGCUGGGACCCACGAUCCACGCUCGAAGCGACGUUGGCGGUGGGCAACACGUCGACACGUAAUGUAGAAGCCCGUCGUUGGAGAUUGCGAAUUCAACGCCAUUACAAGAUCCGCAAGGCUGUCGAAACCCGGGCCCGACGUCAGAACGAACGGGCGACGGAGCACGCGAUCUCCGAGGGAUCCCAAGUCUGGCUCUAUCUUGACCGCGUCAAGCCCGGCUACGCGCGCAAACUGGCGCACAUGUGGCAUGGCCCGUUCCGCGUGGCGGAGUUGGUAAACACAUACGCUGCGCGAUUGGAUACGAGUGACACCCCGUACCAACUAUUCCCGAUUGUACACCUGUCCAAGUUGAAACCCUUACGUCUGACCGUGCUGUCGGACGAGCGUUUUGAUUUCGACGAGGAGCUACUCCCGGAAGAUAGCUGGGAGGCAUGA